UAAUUUCUGACUUCCGGGAUACAUGCCUUGGCGUACCUUACAACAGCGGCGAAGGAAAAAUAAUAAUCGCAGGCUUAUAAGAUCUGUUAAUAAUUACACUGUAUUACAAUUACAAAAUUGAAUUGACUUUGCUUUGCUGAAAGUGGAUACAGGCCAAUAAUGAAAGAAUGAUGACAAAAUAAACUAAAAUUGACAUUGAGGAGUUUUGGAACAUUUGAAACUUUUGAUGUCUUAAGAGAGAAGUCUAAGACUGCUCAUCAGGUCAGCUCACAUUCGACUCGUGCUCUUGAAGAAUUGAAUUUCAGCUACAAGUCCUCAGCAGUUAAUGCCAAGAAACAAGAUGUCAUCUGGGCGUACGAUUGUGUCUGCCGUUGCUUCGGACAGAGUCAUCACAAAGUUCACACAGGCUUUCCAUCCUGAUGCCACUCCUUAUCAGAAAGUCAAUUUUCAUCCCAAAGUUAAAGCAGCUUGCGCAGAAAACAAAACAGGUCGUGUGGGGUUGAAAAUAGCCAAAGCUGUUCUUGUCGGGGACGUGUCUGUCGGGAAAACAUGUCUAGUCAAUAGGUUUUGCCACGAUGUUUUUGACCGAGAGUACAAGGCCACUAUCGGUGUUGACUUUGAGGUGGAAAAGUUCAGUGUCCUGGGGGUGCACAUCACUCUACAAGUGUGGGACACAGCAGGCCAGGAGAGGUUCAAGUGUAUCGCAGCGUCGUACUACCGCGGAGCGCAGAUUGUGAUCGUUGUGUUUGACAUGACUGAUGAGGAAAGUCUUCAUCACACAGUCAAGUGGAUGGAGGAUGCGUGCGCCACUGCUGACGAACCUGUCAAGUUUCUAGUCGGGACCAAGAAAGAUUUGCUGUCUCCAGCAGCUUACAGUGAUAUUGAAACGAGGGCGUUAAAAUAUGCCAGUCAAAUGGAGGCAGAAUUCUGGGCCACCUCUUCAAAGAAUGGGGAAAAUGUUCAAGAUUUUUUCUUCCGAGCAGUAUGCAUGUCCUUCGACACAUCCCUACAGAAAGAACUGGAGGCUGGCUUCGCUCCAUCAAAAAAGAUUGGGAACGACCUCAUUCAAGUGCAACGAUCCAGCUCAGACUUGUACGAACGCAAGAAGAAGUCAUCCAAAUGCUGCAACUAGCUGGGUGCAUGGUCUAUUGAAUGUCAGCUAAAUUUGAUCCUGGCUCUGUGGACGUGAGAACCUGGAAUUAUCUUGGGACACAAUUUCUUUACACAUGCAGAGAAAAUCUGCAAAUCAACGAAUUUCAGCGAAGAGGGAUGGAAAUCUUAUCUGAAAUUAUUUUAUUUUAUUUUAUUCCAUCUUGUCUUCUGUCCCCUUUAUUUAACUCCAUUGUCUCAUCUGCAAAUCAACAACUUUCAUCGCAGAGAGACAAAAGAUAUAUUAGAACCCUGUUUCUUAAAAGCUUGUGAGAAGAAAUUUACUUACUAUAAGUACACACUGCUCCGACCGUGUUCUUUCAGUAAGCAGUGUCAUGUUUUUGCAAAGAUGAUCUCUUUGGGGUUAAAUACAAAAGACAAGAGUUUGUGCCACCAAUAUGUGUUGCAACUGUUUCAGAAACAGUUAUAUGUGACUGGCUCCAGUUGGCCAAUUCUGGGAGUGUGUUGAGAGGUUACCUCCCUUUGGUCACUCAGGUUUGCUGUCUGUUGUCUUGCCUUAUCCUGUCCCGUCCUUCUCCAUAAUGUCAUGCAAGUGUCAAUGUACUAUGUGAGGCAGCAUGGUGAAAUCAGGCGCUUGUCAAAACAAUGAAAUCAAACAAAAUGUCAUUUUUCU